UAGAAAUGGAGACCGGGUCAGCAGUUUCGGUUAAUGGGAAGUGGGUGUGACUAUAAAAGGGCAAAUGAGGGAUCCUGGAAAUGAUGGAAAUAUAUGUUCUGUAUCUUGAUUAUCAAUGCCAACAUCCUGGUUGUGAUAUUGUACUACAGCUUUGCAAGAUACUACUAUGUGGAGAAACUGAGUUAAGAGUACACAGGAUCGCCCUGUAUUUUUCUCACAACUGCAUAUUUCUUACAAUGAUCUCAAAAUAGAGUUUAAUUUAAAAAACAACAACAAUCAUGUAGCUUAAAAUCCCCCAGAAGUUUCCCAUUGUUCUUAAAAUAUGAGAUCCUGGACGCUAUAUCUCUGUCCACGCCAGGAUCGCCAGGCUCCCUUCAGGCUUUCUGUGCUCCAUCCGCUCUGACAUUCUUUCAGUCCCCCCCCCCCCCCCCCACCACCACGCCUACUCCUACCAACUAGGGGUAUUUUGCAAACGCUGUCCUUAUCUGAACCGUGUUUCCCUCUCUUCUAUUUAACUCCUACUUAUCCUUCAGACCUUAAACGAAGCCUAAAGUCAUUGGGACAACCUUUCCCCGACCUUUCUAAGUCAAAUUGUCCUAUAAGCUCUUCUUGCUCUGUGCUCUCCUCCUCGGUAGUACGUACAUUCACCGCGGCACUUUCACAAUUGCUUGCGUCAUUACUUGAUUAAUGUGUUUUCUUUACUCGACAGGCAGUUCCACAGGAGAGGAUCUGUGUCCGUUAGUCUCGCUGUCUGCAAAGCAGCUGGCUUCACACCUAAAAUGAUCAUUAAGAACAUGCCCGAGCCGGUUUGCCCCGGGCGGGGCUCGUGCCGGAGGCAACCGAUGGAUGUGUUUCUCCCACAUCGAUGCUUCUCUUUUUUUCCCUCUCCUUAAAAAUCAAAGGAAAAACGGGUGAGGAUUAAAAAAAGAAAAAACAAAUAACAACAACAAAAAAGAACAGUAUUUUUUUUUUUUAAAGGAACAGUAUUAAUUGAAGGAUUGCAUGAACGCCCACCCACGCGCCGCGCGGGUCACACCGGCGUCGCGCGUGGCAUGCGUCACUUCCUCCCGGAAGACCCUUUCUCGGGAGACCAUCAGAUCCUGUCACUUCUCAGAAGCCUCCGGUGGUGGCCAUGGCCCUGCCGCCCUUCUUCGCCCCGGGUCGCCCGGGCCCGCCGCCCCCGCAGCCGCCGCCGCCCGCUCCCUUUGGCUGUCCGCCGCCGCCGCUGCCCUCGCCGGCUUUUCCGCCGCCUCUUCCCCAGCGGCCCGGCCCCUUUCCGGGGGCCUCCGCCCCCUUCCUCCAGCCCCCGCCGGCUGUGCAGCCCCGGGCGCCUGGGGAAGCCUCCCGCGGCGGAGGCGGCGGCGGGGGCGGCGGUGCCUUCUACCCGGUGCCACCCCCGCCGCUGCCUCCGCCGCCGCCUCAGUGCCGGCCUUUCCCGGGGAUCGACGCCGGCGAGCGCCCGCGGCCGCCGCCUCCAGGCCCGGGGCCGCCCUGGAGCCCGCGCUGGCCUGAGGCGCCGCCGCCCGACGUGCUCGCGGACUCGACCCUGCAGCGCCUGCGCGACCGGCAGUGGCUGGAGGCGGUGUUCGGAGCCCCGCGGCGAGCGGGCUGCCCGCCGCCCCCGCGCGCGCCGGCCGGGCCCACCCUGGGUGAAGUGCGCGCGCGGGUGCGCGGGGCUCUGCGCCUCGUGCGGCGGCUGCGGGAGCUGGGCCAGGCCCUGCGCGAGGCCGAGGCGGACGGCGCGGCCUGGGCACUGCUGCACGCCCAGGCGGCGCCGCUGCGCGCGGAGCUGGCCGAGCGGCUCCAGCUGCUGACCCAGGCCGCCUACGUGGGCGAGGCGCGGCGGAGGCUGGAGAGGGUCCGGCGCCGCCGGCUGCGGCUCCGCGAGAGGGCCCGGGAGCGCGAGGCCGAGCGGGAGGCGGAGGCCGCGCGAGCGGCGGAGCGCGAGCAGGAGAUUGACCGCUGGCGGGUCAAGUGCGUCCAGGAGGUGGAGGAGAAGAAGCGGGAGCAGGAACUUAAAGCUGCUGCCGAUGGUGUCUUGUCUGAAGUGAGGAAAAAACAAGCAGACACCAAAAGAAUGGUGGACAUUCUUCGGGCCUUGGAGAAAUUGAGGAAACUCAGGAAAGAGGCUGCAGCAAGGAAAGGCAUGAUUGGGAUCAGUACCUGGUGCCAUCUGAUCAUCCCGAAGGCAACUCUGUUCCCCAAGGAUGGGUCCUUCCGCCGCUUCCCAGCAACGACAUCUGGGCAACUGCCAUUAAGCUGCAUUAGUAAAGAAGCUCCAGGAGUGUGGACCAGGCAACGUUCUCUCCAGCUCUGAAUAUUAGCGAUGCUGCCAUCUUCUUGUGCUGUAGACUAAACAACAACCUGUAAACUCCACAUGGCAUGGCCCUUCCCAGAAGUUCCAUUUUCCUACCAUGCUCUGUCCUGGCCAAAUGUGCUUUGGGAUCAGAUUAAUACGGUUCUUUGGAAAGGACCUAGGUGAACUGGGGCUAUUGCCACAUGCUUGGCUCACUGAAUUUGCCUCUGUUUUGAGGGGCUUGGUCCAGAGUGACUGGCUAAUUUACUCAACUUCCUGUGUGGCAAUGGGUAAGUACAUGCCAUACACUCAACACAGGUGUGCUCUGGGUAGUUUAGUAGCCCUCCCCCAGUACAGAGUGUGAAGGCAAGCUUGAUGCAAAACCUCCAUAUCCUUCCUACCCGUGUAGCCCUCUAACUUCCAGGAAGAAAGGGGAAAGAUGCUUUAUCUGUGAAGCCCACUUUUGGUGCAGCUUGAGAGGCUGUGGGCCGCAGGCUGGGCUGGAGUAAAGCUGGUGGCUUAGUCGGGUACUCAUUUGGAGAACUCGGGACACCUGAGGAGUACCUACACCUACACUGGAUCGUGUUUUAAUGGGUGACGGCUGCAUUCUCCCUAUGUUAGAAGGAUCCUAAUGAAAGGAACUGCUUUGUAAGUUCCUAGAGGUCUAGUUCAGAAUCCCUAAGGAUAGAAAUUUAUUUCCCUAUGGGAGUAGGACCUUAACCUCAUGUACUCAGAAGGGGCCGGUAUAACUGUGGAAUUUCUUAGGAAUAUUCAUGUAGUUAAAGCUGGGGGGAAAGCAGAUAAAAAUAAUGAAGUUUAUUUUUUUAUAUUCAUUAAUAAAUGAUCUUGUGCCUGGAGAUGAUCAGUGAUAUAACAUGUCAGUUUUUCUGUUUUAUUUUGCCUUUUGUCAUUUGUUGUUAUUUAUAUUUCCAAAAACCUAAAUAAAUAUUUUUAUUUUUUAGUUUGA